UAUGUUUGGACUCAUAAUCUUUGCAAACAAUAUCAACUCUUUUUAAAAAAUGAUGGAAAAAUACAAUUUAAAUGAUCUUAAACAAUUUAAGUAUAAGGUGAGCAUCAAUAAAUUUAUGGAAUAAAAAUAAGUACCAUCUGAAUUACAGGAAAUAAUCAGGUAAUAUCUCAAUGAAUACUGGCAUCAAUAGGGACUUAGGGAUUAGGAGCAGGAAAUGUUGGUAUUUUAAAUGUUGGCUCCAGAAUAAAAUUAAGAACUUAUGUAUUAAUCUUAUGGCUAAUUCCUAUAAACAACAUUCUUCUCAAAGUAUUUUUCAAAGCCUUUCUUAAAAGAUCUAUCAGAAAAAAUUACAGAAGUUAAUUAUUCAACUGGAAAUGUCAUAAUUGAAGCAGGGGAUUCUAAUGAUGAUUAAAGCUUUGAUUUUAUACAAAGUGGGAAUGUAAUUAUAAAAUGUGGUAAUUCAGAAGUUGUCAAAAAGAAAUAGGUAUAGGGAGACAGCUUUGGUGAAUAUGGCUUUAUGACCGGUAUUGAAUUAAUUUAUCUAACAUAAUAGGAUAAGCAAGGACAGCCACAACCUAUUCUUAAAUAAUACAGCUAACUACAUAAAAUAUCUAGAAGUGACUUCUUAGAGGUCUUAAAACAUUACCCUGAUGAUUAUGAAAUAUUCUGUAGUUUGAGAGAUGAACUCAUUUUUUCAUAACAUUUUCAAUCACUUGGGUAAUUUUGUUGGACUUGUCAGAAAUUUGAUCAUUAUGCAUCCUCUUGUCCUUUUACACAUUACAUACCUUAAGUUUAGAAUUUGGUUGACAAUGCUACAGUUUUGGGUUAAGCAUAAAAAAGAAUCCGACUAGAACGAUUUGAUAGAAAACAUUGGCCAACUAGAAAAAAUUAAAAGAUUUUAGUGAACGGUUUGAAUAACUCUAAAAUUUAGAAAUUUGCUAAUGUUACUUUUCAAUUUAAUUUGGUUAGUUGAAAUCUGCAAAAAAUAUUAAUUUUUAAAAAUAAUCUGCUCAGA